CCUCACACCACUAGGACGUCGAAUGACACCAUUCCCAAUGGACCCCCCGCUCGCGAAGCUCAUCAUCACGGCCGCAGAAACCUACGGCUGCAGCGAGGAAAUGCUAACCAUCGUAUCUAUGCUAUCCGUCCCCAGCGUCUUCUACCGUCCCAGAGAGCGACAAGAAGAAUCCGACGCCGCGCGCGAGAAAUUCUUCGUCCCAGAAUCCGACCACCUCACUUUACUCCACGUGUACACGCAAUGGAAAGCAAACGGCUACUCCGACGGCUGGUGCACACGCCACUUCCUCCACGCCAAGGCACUGCGGCGGGCGCGCGAAGUCCGCGACCAGCUGCACGACAUCAUGACGGUGCAGAAGAUGCCCUUGGUCAGUUGCGGCACUGACUGGGACGAGAUCCGCAAAUGCAUCUGCUCGGGUUUCUACCACCAAGCCGCGCGCGUCAAGGGUAUCGGCGAGUUCCUCAACCUCCGAACCAGCGUCAGCAUGCAACUCCACCCGACCAGUGCUCUCUACGGUCUGGGAUAUGUCCCGGAGUACGUGGUCUACCACGAAUUGAUCCUCACCAGCAAGGAGUACAUGUCUACCGUGACUGCUGUAGAUCCACAUUGGCUCGCCGAACUCGGAGGUGUCUUCUACUCCGUCAAAGAAAAGGGAUAUUCUCAGCGCGAGCGCCGCAUCACCGAACAAGAGUUCAACCGGCGCGUGGAGAUCGAGACUCAGAUGGCGGCGGACCGCGAACGCGCCGCAGCCGAGAAGCAGCGCGAGGCGGAGAGGAACGAUCCAUCCAGACGCAGAAAGGAGAUUGAAGUGGGGUCUGUUGUGCGGAGGCCUGUCGCGACAGCAAGACGUGUAGGGGGUGUGACGGCCUCGAGUAGUGGUGGUGGUGCGCGCAACGGUGGAAGUGGAGGCGGAAGCGUGGUUAAGAAGCCGCAGAUUAAGCGGAAACCAGGACGGGCCUUUUGAUUAUACUAGAAUAUCGAAUAUACUAUACCCAGGGAUAUAUUGAAUAGAUUACGAGUUGAUACU